AUGUCUGAUUAUUCAAGUCUUCCGCCAAAACCAGAAUUCUGCGAUAUAUCAAUGUCUGAUGUUCCAGAAAGCUCGAUUUCACCCUCUUCUCCCAACUCAAAUUCAUCAGGAAUAAUGUAUGAGCUGAUGCAAACAAGGAAAGGAAUGGAAGAAUUAAAGAACUUGGUUUAUACGGGAAUUGCUCAGAACAGUCCGAAAGAAGGAAGAAUGACAGAAAAUGCAAAAGAAUUCGAGAUUAAAAGACCAAAUCACGAGAACACGAAAUUAAAGGAGGAGUUAAAUAAACAGAAUUAUGAGCGAGAAAAAUAUCAAAAAGAAGCUCAAAAAGCAUGGCGAGCAGUUGAAGAGCUUCAAACAAAUCUAAAAGCCGCCCUAGCCGAGAACGAUCGAAAUAAACAUAAAAUAAAAGUUCUGACUUUUGAAUACGAAAAUCGCCUUGACCGUCUCAAAGAGGAAUUCGAGUCAGAACGAGCAAAUUGGCAGGUUGAAAUUGCAACAUUGAAGCAAGAAAACACUUUCCUGCAAGAUGCUGCUUUCCCGGAAACGCCCGAUCAGGAAUUCAAUCAACUGGAAAACGAGCGAGAAAUACACGAAAGAGAAACUAAGCACAUGCUACUAGAAAUUGAGGAGCUCAAGAAGACUUCUCGAAUAGAAAGCCAGAAUCAAAAGAGGGAAAAGCUGCGGAACCAAAAAUUGGAACAAGAAAUUGAGAAGCUGAGGAGAGAGAAGCAAGCAGUCGAGGAAAGAAGCGAAACGAGAGAGGAGCGCUUAAUGGAAUUGGAGAAAGAAAUUGGAGUCGAACGAGUUGCAAAAUGUGCUGAAACUCCUGGCUCUUGGGGGAUAGUCAACAUAAAGUUAGCGUCUGAUGAAGAUAAAAAAGCUCGCUACGAAGAGUCUGACUGGGAACUUGAAUUCAGCGCAGCCUGCAAAGAAAAUGGAAAUGGAACACAUCGUCUUUGGUUAAAAUGCAGAAAUAAUUCCCGUUUCCACGCGGUAGUGCAGCAAAUCGAUGGGAAAGAUGGAGUCAUCAAAGACACGAAGGUGAUGCCAAGCGUGCAGGAUGGAUUACGACAAUUGUUUGAAAUAAAGCAUGUUGGUGGAAAUUAUAUAAGGUUUAAUAUUUCCACACUUCAACGUCGUUUUUGA